AUGCAAUAAAAUUCCAAGCCUCUCUUAAUUAUUGACUCUAGAUACACACUAUAUGAUUUAAGACAGAAAAGAUUAUACAAAUAUAAUUCUAUUCUUUCAAAAUCUUUCAUCUUACUUUAACAACAUUUUCAAAUAUUACUCAUUUUCUGUCACACUAAACCUAAUACCAAUCAAUUUUUUUAAGAAGAAUUUUAGAAACAUUUUUAAGGAAUCGAUUCAAAAUAACUCUCAUUUUAACAAUUAAAACAAACUUCAUUCUAAAAUCAAGAGAUUAUUGUUGUUACUCAUAAUUAUGAAUAAUUCACUCUCAAUCAAUAAUAUCAGUUAUAUUAUUUUUCUAGUGUCUCAUAAUAAUUAGAAAAAAAAAAAAAAUUAGAACUUAAAUAUUAUCAACAGAAUCCUAAAACUAAAUUUCAUAUUUCCCACAUUUAGUAAGUCAUGUCUUUUUUCUCAAAAUCUGAAAAUCCAUUUUGUAUAGGCUAUUAUUUUUAUCCUAAAAAGUUUAAUGAAUUAAUUCAAUUUGAAACAUUAAUUACAAACAGUAAUUUUAAUUACCUUCCUAUUGAUUUUAGAUUCUUAAAUAAAUAUAGAAAAAUUGAUUUAUUAUUUCAUAGAUUUAUGGACAUCUAUAAGAGUAAAGAAAUAAACAUGAAAUAAAAUGAAGUUGAAUUAUUUUAAUAAAAUUAUGACCUAUUCAUUAAAGAAAAUCCCUAAAUACCUGUAAUUGACUCAAUAGAAUGUUUAAAUACGUUAAUUUAGAGAGACAAACUAAAUAUCAAAUUAUAAUCUAUAUUUGAUAGUCAAGAAUUUAAAAAUUUUAUACAAGAACAUCACAUAAAGAUUAUGACUCCUUAACAAAUAGUUUUUGAGAAUAAUGAUUAACCGUAAGAUUUGUCUAAUUUGAAAUAUCCAUUAAUCGUAAAAAGUAAAUAAGGAGCAUUAACAGUUAAUUGUCAUAUAAUGGCGAUAGUGGUAAAUGAGUAAGGGCUCAUUGGAUUGUUUAAACAAGAAUAAUUUAAGUAUCAGAUUAUUAGUAGAUUAGAGGAUAAUUAAUCUUGUAGUAAAUAAUUAACCAUAACAGCAUUAUAUACAAAAUAUAUCAAUUGGGAGAUAAAAUGAUAGUACAGAAACGUAAAUCAAUUCCAAAUAUUGAAAUAAACAAUUUUAAGUUUGAAGAGGUAAAUUUGAUAUUAAUGGACAUAGGGUUUUUAUAUUUUUGAUACAUAAAAAGACUUGUUUAAAAAUGUUUCACAAUGUCUUAAAUAAGUUGAUGAAGGAGUUCAUGAAUGUUCAAAUGAGGCUUAAUUACUUAAGCAAAUGGAAUUAUUAUCAUCAAUAAUAGCAAAAGAAUUUAAAUUACAUCUUUUUGGAUUUGAUAUCAUUGGGAUGAAUUGGGAAUAUUAUAUAAUUGAUAUUAAUCAUUUCCCAGGAUAUAAAAAUGUAAUAACAUUCAACUCUAUUAAAGGUUGAAAAUGCAAAAGAACUUUUUGAAUAAUUGUUUAUGUAGGUAUCAAAAAAAUGAGA